UCCCCCCAGGUCCCUCUCAAUUCUCGACCCCUCUCCCAACCUCCGUGGCAACACGUCCCGGCACUCUCUCUCGCCGUCUCUCAGUCUCUCCCUGCCGCUCUCUCCAUCUCCCUCUUCUCUAGCCCCCCGCUCUCUUGCUCUUAAUCAUUCUUCCUCUGUCGCUCUCUCAGUCUCUCUCAGUCUCUCUCUCGCUAUCCCGAUCGCUCUGAUUUCCUCUCCCACGCUCUCUCCCCGCUCUCUCCACGCCGCCUGUUCCUACACUCGCGGCGCCAUCGGAAGGAGCGCAGCGCCAAGUGCAGUUUGAUGAUGAGGGUUCCUCUUCUCAGCGUGGGUGUCCAUCGCAUUCCAGACAGACAACCAGACACACAGAUAGACAACCUGGCACGCAGAUAGACAACCAGGCACGCAGAUAGACAACCAGGCACGCAGAUAGACAACCAGACACACAGAUAGACAAAUAGACAGACACAUGGAUGGAUAUACAGACAGAUGGACAUACAGAGAGAGCAAUAGUUAUGUCUACACACACAAAGCUAUAUAGAUGAUUUUCCAGUUAUCGAGAUGCAUAUACACAUACAAGGCCAGAUAUAUGGAUACGUGGACAAACAUAUAUUUGCAUGGACAGUUACUUCCACAAAUUGUACAUCGACGUAGAUAGAAAGAAAAGCACACGGGGUGUAUGGGAAGAGACCUAAAACAACAACUGGGACAGACCGCUCGAAUAGACAGGUCGACAUUGAGAUUGCUCGCUGGACAUAUAUGUGUGUGUGUGUCUCAGUAGACAGACACGCGGCUGUAUAUGGAGGCAAGUCGACGGACGGCGGAAUCGAUUGACAGGCUGCGAUAGUUCAUUAACGUGAUUCAAGGUGAGACAGCGAAUCUCCGUGCUCUGCCCGAGUCUCCCUGCCAAAGGCGCUCUCUCAGCGGCUAUUUAAUUACUGCAAUCAGACCACUAAUAAUCAUCGUCGUCGUCGUCAUCAUCAAGACAAUUAGUACACCGUGAGCCCAUCGCGUGCAAAGAACUCAAUUCCGCGAAGCGGCUCCUGAAGCGGUGUCCGAACUUCACGGAGGAGGUGAGAGGGACGAGGUGAGCGGGACGAGGUGAGCGGAGACGACGGAGGCCCCCAUCGCCAGCUCGCCAUGCCGCGUCUCCGCGUCCUGCAGCCGCCACCGCCGCUGCUGCUGCUGCUGUUGUUCGGCAUCGUGAGCCUCGCGCGAACCACGUGGAGCCUGGACCCUGAAGACCCCAACGUGUGCAGCCACUGGGAGAGCUACGCCCUGACUGUGCAGGAGUCGUACGCGCACCCCUACGACCAGGUGUACUACACGCGCUGCACAGACAUCCUAAACUGGUUCAAGUGCACGAGACACAGGGUCAGCUACCGCACCGCCUACCGCCGCGGAGUGCGCACCAUGUACCGCAGGCGCGCGCAGUGCUGCCCCGGACACGACGAGAGCGCCGACGGAUGCGUCCCGCUGUGCCGAGGCGAGUGCGUGCACGGGACGUGCGUGGCACCGGACGCGUGCCUGUGCGAGCCCGGCUGGGGAGGGGCCGACUGCUCCAGCGGCUGCCCCAGCGACCGCUGGGGUCCCCACUGCACCCACCGCUGUCAGUGUCUGAACGGGGCUCGGUGUAACCCCUUGACGGGGGUCUGCGACUGCGCCCCCGGCUUCCGGGGAGCCCAGUGCGGGGAGCCGUGCCCCCCGGGGACGUACGGACCGAGCUGCCUCGUGCCGUGCCGCUGUCACAACGGGGCCACGUGCCACCCUGCCACGGGACAGUGCGUGUGCCAGCCUGGGUUCACCGCGCCGCUCUGCGACGAGCGAUGCACAGGGGGCGUCUGCGUGGAGGAGGCGCGGUGCCCGUGCCAGAACGGAGGCUCGUGCCCUCAGGGCGCGGCGGGACCGUGCGUCUGUGCGCCGGGGUGGACGGGGGCCGCGUGCGCCGUUCCGUGUCCCCCGGGCCGCUUCGGGGACAACUGCGCCGAGCGGUGCCGCUGUCACAACGGCGCGCAGUGCGACCACGUGACGGGGAGGUGCACGUGCCCGCCGGGGUACACCAGCUCAAGGUGCCAGGACGCGUGCCCCCUGGGCAGGCACGGCCAGGACUGUGCCUUGCCGUGCGACUGCGACAACGGCGCACGCUGCUUCCACGUGAGCGGCGCGUGCCUCUGCGAGUCGGGCUUCGGCGGGGCCCGCUGUGAGCACCGCCUCUGCCCCCCAGGGCUCUACGGCCCCAACUGCGAGCAGCCGUGCCCCUGCGACCCCGACCACACGGCCAGUUGCCACCCCGUGUCGGGCGAGUGCGCGUGCCUGCGUGGCUGGAGGGGCGCGCGCUGCGACGCCGCCUGCGCCGCGCCGCUCUUCGGCGAGGGCUGCGCGCAGCCGUGCGCGUGCCACGGGGCCGCGCGCUGCCACCACGAGACCGGCGCCUGCUCCUGCCCGCCGGGACUCGCCGGCCCCGACUGCUCCACGCCGUGCCCACUCGGCACGUUCGGCACGAACUGCUCGGCCCCCUGCGCCUGCCUCAACGGCGCCAGCUGCAGCCCCCUGGACGGGAGCUGCUCGUGCCUGGCGGGAUGGCACGGCCCCGACUGCUCGCUGCCGUGCGCCCCGGGCAGCUGGGGCCUCGGCUGCAACCGCUCGUGCCGCUGCCGCCCCCCCGCGGGCUGCGACCCCGCGUCGGGGGACUGCGCGUGCCCCCCAGGGUGGAGGGGGGAGGCGUGCGAGCUCGCGUGUCAGCCCGGCUCGUUCGGACGCGGCUGCCGAGAGCUCUGCGACUGCGGCCACGCGGAGCAGUGCGACCGCGUCACGGGGCGCUCUUGCCACAACGGAUGGACCGGGGCGCGCUGUGACAGCGCCUGCGCCCCGGGCCGCUGGGGGCCCAACUGCUCGCGCACGUGCGGAUGCCACAACGGCGCCUCCUGCCGCCCCGCGGACGGCGCGUGCGAGUGUGCGGCGGGAUACAGGGGCACGACGUGCCAGAGAGUGUGCCCUCCAGGCACCUUCGGCCUCGGCUGUGCCCAGGCGUGCCCCCAGUGUCUACACGGCAACGGGCCGUGCCACCACGUGACGGGGGAGUGCCGCUGCCUGCCCGGGUUCACGGGGCAGCUCUGCGACCAGGCGUGCCCCCCAGGCAGGUACGGGCGCGGGUGCCGAGAGGUGUGUACCUGUGCCAACAACAGCUCCUGCAGCCACGUGGACGGCACGUGUCACUGUACGCCGGGGUGGCUCGGCCGCGACUGCUCGCAGGCCUGCCCGCCGGGCCUGUGGGGGGCCAAUUGCCUGCACACGUGCAGCUGCCACAACGGCGCGGGGUGCAGCGCGCGCGACGGGGGCUGCACGUGCUCAGCCGGGUGGAUGGGAGCGCACUGCACGCGGCGCUGCCCGGUCGGCCUCUUCGGCGCUGGCUGCGCGGAGCGCUGCGCGUGCGAGAACGGCGCCGACUGCGAGUCGGCGACGGGGCGCUGCUCGUGCCCCGCGGGCUUCACGGGCGCGCGCUGCCAACUCGCGUGUCCCCAGGGCUCGUACGGCCUGCGAUGCCAGCUGGCGUGUGGCUGCACCAACAACAGCACGUGUGACCCCGUGAGCGGGGCCUGCUACUGCGCCAGCGGCUGGACGGGGAUGAGUUGUGACUCCGCGUGUCAGCCCAGCCACUAUGGUCCUCAGUGCCAGUUCCGCUGUGAUUGCUUCUCAUAUCAGAUGUGCCACCCGGUGCAGGGCUGUGUCAGCAGGGGCAUGGGGAUGGGAGUGGAGGGAUUUGGUGCCCUCGUUCCCCUCGUGCCCGUGGGACUGCCGCCCUCCCCGGCCUUGGCCCCAUCGGCCGGGGCGGGCGGGCCGCCCGAGGAGGCAGCGGGCGGGGAGUCGCUGGGGGCCGUGGUCGGGGUGGUGCUGGUGCUGCUGCUGCUGCUCUUGCUGCUACUGGCGCUGCUGCUGCUCGCGGUGUUCUACCGGCGGAGGCGGCGGCGGCUGCGCGGCCUCGCCCGCGGCGGGCGGCGCGAACCGGGAGCCGGGGCGGCGGCGGCCGCGGCCUCGUUCAGCGCCGGCGCGGCGCGCUCCGUGGCGUCGGAGUGCGCGCACGCAGAACACCCGGUGCAGUGCGGCUGCCACAGCCUGUACGUGAACCCAGGCUACCAGACCCUGAGCCAGGGCCACAGUGCGCAGGGCAUCGCUAACAACAACUUGGAGCUGCGCUGCACGGGGAGGCCCAACAAUGCCCGCGUCCCCGCGAUGAAGAACCUGGAGCGGGAGAAGCUGGCGGCGCGCUGCGCGGAGGGCAGUGCCACUCUGCCCGUGCUCUGGAAGCGAUCCAGCAACCCCUACCAGCUGGGCGCCAGUGGCGUGGAGAGAGCCUAUAACACCUGCAAGUCGCACAAAGAGUACAGCAAGGGCAGCAGGGGCAGCUCUGGCUCGGUGGGCAGCGAGAGCCCCUACGCCACGAUCCGGGAGACCCCCGCGCUCCCCGCUUCUCCCGCGCCCGCGAGGUCGCCACCCCCGCCGGCUGGGGGGGGGCCCGUGUCGCCCCCCCGGGGCUCCGAGGCGGCGGGCUACGUGGAGAUGAAGGCGCCGGGGGCGCCGGGGGGGCCGGGGGGGCCGCGGGAGUCGACGUACGCGGAGAUCGUCUGCUCGCCGGCGCACGGCCUCGCCGCCCACGCCGCCCCCGGCAGCACCAGGAACGUCUACGAGAUGGAACCCACGGUGAGCGUGGUGCACGGCGGCGGCGGCACAAGCGCGCCGGCACAGCUGCACCACCGCCGCCACCACCACCAACACCACCCACAGCAGCAGCAGCAGCACCACCGCCACGCUCAGUUGCUACGGCGUCAGCAGCAUCAGCAGCAGGUGGAGCACGGCUUGUACGACCUCCCCAAGAACAGCCACAUACCCGGCCACUACGACCUGCUGCCCGUCCACGCGCACCCACAGACGGCCACCCUGGACAAGGAGCCUCGUCUCACCACCUCCUCCUCGGCGGCGGCGUCGAAGCGUCAUCACACUCAGCAGCUGGAGGGGCAGUUUUAAGUUGCCGCUGUUUAUCGGUGCCGUGGGCUGCCUCCUCAUCCCGUCCAUCCCUGUCGCCGUGAGGAGGAGGAAGACGAAGAGGGAGGAUGAUAAGGAAGAGGGGCAGAACAAUUCGAAGGAGGGGGAGAAGGAGGGGAGGAGAGUGCGACGCUCUCCGUUCAGCACCAGCUGCCUUCCUCAACUCACAGAACAACAACGACACCAACAACAACAACGACACCAACAACAACAGCGACACCACCACCGCGCAAAAGCCGUGGCGUGCACGCGGGGAGCCGCGUGCACGCGGGGAGCCGCGUGAACAUUCUCUCCGUCGAAGUCUCCGCAGCGUCACAGACGCUGGCGUCGGUGGGAAGCGGCGAAGCCAACGCAAUCGACCGAUCGACGAAACUCUCCCCUCUCUCUCCUCUCCCAUGAGUCGUCCGCGCCUCGGCGGUUGACCACGGAGGGGAUGGGCGAGGGUGGUGGUGACGGUGGUUCGUGCGCUCGGCCGUGGUGGCGGGCGAGCAGUUGGGCGGUUACUGAAGCCACCGCAUCCUCAUCGUCGUCAUCAUCGUCAUCGUCGUCAUCGUCGUCACCGUCGUCACCGUGAGACGUGGCCACGACUGCUCGGCCACGAGUUGUAUGAUUACUUCGAAGGACGAUCGGUUCCGCCGCCGCGACGGGGUGGUGGCGUAAUUCGGCAAAACAUGUGGGUGGAGCGGGGGGGUUGGUGGAUCUCGCAGAGACGGGGACUCGCCCGCGCGGAUCGGGCCGAUGCGGUGGUGCCUGCACGGGGGAGACGGUGCAGCAAGUAGGUUGCUCGAAGGCUCGCAGUUGCGGAACUCUGAUCGGCCUCUUUCUUUCGUACGGAAGAAUUUUUUAUUUUUCCGAGCGCCUGCCCACGACUCGCGAAAUGAACACUCGCUGAUGGUCAGAACCCCCCCCCCCCCCCACCUCAUCCUGCACGAGAAAUGUCGAGGACUCUUUGAGUGCAGAGUCGAGCAUUCUGUUUGCUACCACGUGCCGGUCAGGGCUGGGGCAGCACACGUCGUGGCUCCGAUGACUCGGUGGCCGGUGCGCGAGACGAGCCACUCGGUGGAAGUCCAGGGGAGGGAGAGCGGCCCAAGAGGGGACGUCCAACGCGGAGACGGAGCGGUGGCGAUGGACUCGGCUCGCGCGCUGCGUGCGCCAAGCGGAAUCGUUGCCUCGCGGUGACCGUGGAGGAUGGCGGGUGACUUGGAGAGGCCUUCAUGCAGCAGUGGAUAGACCUUGGCUGACGGUGGUGAUGAUGACGACGACGGUGAUGUCGGUGGCCGUCCGGCGUGGCGUGUUGCGGGACAUUCGCGUGCGGCCGCACGGAACCCAGACGAGCGACAACUGCGGGGUGAUCGGUUCGAACCCGAGCACAGGUCCCAUGCCCUCCGAAGUGUGGGCAAGGGUUGGACCCCGGGGUUAGCGGGGAGACGCGGGGCCGCGGUGGUGGUGUUGGGCGCGGCCUCUCUCACUGAGUCGCGUCUCUGUUCUGUCUCCUUGAGCUAAAGAACGUCAGUGCGGACAAAUGAAACUCCUGUUCGUGUCCGUGUGGUUCUGUUCUGAGUGGUGUGCUGUAGCGAUGGGCACGAUGCAGAAAGUCGAAGCGAGUUCCGGCUCAGAUCAUCUCCUGCUUGCAGCCCUGCAGAGCCGGUGGUGGAAACUCCACAUUCAUGUGGCGGAGAACGAUCGUACAACCACUGUUUAACUUCCGAGCCACGUGACCGAUGCUGACUCGUCAGUAAUAAUAAUAAUCUAUAUACAUA